ACUUACUCUCCUCAUUGUCUUCCAGCAACAGCACACACAACCACAACGUCAUCUUGCAUUAGAUUCACCCCCUGCCUCUGUUGCAGCAACGUCGCUUGCCCGAUUUCCCGUUCGUGUCCUUGAAGAUCCUGUCAGACGCUCGCCAGGCACACACGCAUCCACAAACACACCUCUCCGCUAUACCAGUGGCGGAGACGAUCAGACGAUUCGAAUUCUUCGUCCUAUCUGGCCUCUUCCGUCCUGGUCCGAAGCCUUCUGGCCCGCACGCACCACCGCUAUACGAAUCCGCCUCUAGUUUGGGCUUGGAGUACGGAAACGCACGCCUGUCACGAAGCCAGCGAUCGAACUGCCCCCGAAGCGAGGCAAGACAGCACGCCACUUCAGAUGACGAGCAUGAACCCAUCCAUCUCCCUUCCCCGACAUGGCAGCAAUGCAGGGCCCUCCUCGUUCUCGUCCGCCUCCCGACGGACGUCCCUCCAGACGCCUCGCAUCCUAAAGCGCGCCCUCAAGUUUCCGCAGAUGGACUUCGAGCUCGCCGUCUGGGAGAUGUCGUCCCUGCUCGUCGCCCCAAAGCGCGUGUUCAGGAACUAUCACUAUCACCGGCAGACCCAGCGAACGUGGCACAGGCCCGACCCUUCCUUCGCAUACCUGCUCGGCCUGUUUAUGUUGCUCACAAGCCUGGGCUGGGGACUCGCCUACGCGGACGGCUUCGGUCGUACACUCAAGGUCGCCUUGGUUUUCGUGCUAGGUCACUUCCUAGCGGCUAGCUUGCUUGUAGCUACAGCGGCUUACGUCCUUGUCGGAAAGCUGCUGGGCCCCGGCGUAGCGGGCUUGCCUAGCUUUGGGCGGAGACGGCAGCGUGGGCUGUUUCAGCAGCCCGGCGACGGAGCGGACCAGCUCGAGUUCGGCUACUGCUUCGACGUCGCCAUCCGUGCCUUCUUCCCGGUUUGGGUGUUUCUGUAUGUGGCGCAGUUUGUGCUCAUGCCAGUAAUCGCGAAGGAGUAUUGGGUUAGCUUGUUUGUCGGCAAUACCCUUUACGUGCUUGCGUUGGUCUACUACACGGUCGUCACAUUUUUGGGAUACAAUGCCCUGCCUUUCCUGCAGCAUACUGAGCUGCUCCUUGCGCCAACAGCAGUAAUCGCCAUUCUAUACAUUAUAAGCCUCUUUGGAUUUAACAUGCCACGGCACUUCGCACCUAUUCUUUGGGCCGGCGCCGGGCUUGGACAAGGUGUGUGAUGUGCGAUGUUCGCAAUUCAUCCAACCACUGAACCGCCGAUCCGGUCCAUGCUGCUGUGAAAAGCUCUUAGGAUGACUCCUGGGAUCAAUUCGCAGUCUCUCACGAGCAACCUGAGUCUACAAGCUCACAGCUCAGCUUGCAAUGGUUCCUGUGCCGCAUGCACAUCAGGCUGACGUUGGUCGGCGUGAACGUGAGUCUUCUGCCGACUCUUCCACUCAUCGACCAGCAAGUGUGCCACGUUCUUGCCUAUCAGCGCGCUUGUUUCCAUUGUGCUGAUGAAGCUUUCAAUGCCACCCGUAUACCAGAAAUUCUCGUCAAGGCGAAGCUCCUCAAACGUUACGCGUGGGAACUCAUACGGGUAGCUCUGCCAUAGCUUCCGAUACACCCAGCUUACAUCGCCCUUGCUCAACUGCUUCUUCUCGUCGAGCCCGAGAAUCUUGGCUAGGAAUUCGUCUGGUACUGGGUCCAUGCUGAAGAUCUUGUAGAGGUACUCGUCUCCACCCGUUUUACGGUUGAAGCGUGUGCCCAGGAGCGAGAUUGAAUUGAAACCAGCCUUCGCUUUGUAUGUCGCAUUUGAACCCGGCUGUUCGUUGGAUUGGAGAGUGGUCAGCAGCAUACUAGGGACCUUUUCGUCGGGCUUGAGACCGAAGGCAGGAGAAUGGAGGUAGUGGGGCGACGUGAACAAUGUGACGUGCAAAUCCACAUAAGGUAUUGCAUCUGGGAUAAUCUGUGGCUUUGGCUUUACGUCGAUAUUGGCGUACUGAUACGGCGCGGCGAGCACGAUGCUGUCGAACUUCUCCUCAUAGACGGUGCAGGUUGGACAUGUGGGCUCGCUCUUUGAAGCCACAGUAAAGGUGCCAUCGUCGUGUCUUUUGAUGGCAAAGACGGCUCUCCCAAGUCGUGGGAUGGAUUGGCUGGCAUUCACCAUUGCUUCAAAGAUGCGCCAAUUGCCGCCUUCGACCGCAACGGCUCCAUUCGUAGCAAUAGAACACAUCGUUUCUAGACCAUGGAUGACCCCAAGAUUCUGCGCAUAAUUUACCCUCGUCAUAGCUUGUAUGACCUCAUUGGCAAAA